AAGAAGCAGGCUGGAAGGUGUACGUGUGUGUGGAGCUAACCGCGAAGACUUCUCUCUGCGGCACCGAGGCGUGCGUUUGCGGCGUUUUGGAGGACCCGUUUGUGGAGCGAUUCUUUUGAUUCGGAGGAUGUUAUUUCGAUGAUCCAAGCCGUGGGAAUAUGGGACUUUUAACGUCGGAUUGGCCGCGUGGGGACUGGCCGCUGUGCGUGUGCGCGCGGCUCUGGCUCGUUCUGAUAACUGUCGGAGGUAAAAUGGCUCCCUCCAGUGAGGCGCUCCUCAGCACCUCCAUGCUCGCCCCCCCACCGCCCCCCAGCCUCUACCUUCCCGCACACUUCAAACUGUCCAACGCCCAGCUGGCCUUCUUCCUCAGGGAGACUUCGCCUCAUGAGCGGGCUGGAGGUGGGGCCGGUGAGAGGACCUCCCCCAGCACGGGUCACCCUCUGCAGCGGGCCGAGAGCUUUGUGGUGUUCCAGACUAAAGAGCUGCCGGCCAUCAACAUCACCUUUGGGCCCUUCACCCGCGACCAGGCCCUGAGCAAGGAGCUGCUGCAGCCGGCCAGUCCCCUGGACAUCCCCGGGACCCUGACUGUCAACUGGAAAGUCCGAGCGUUUAUUGUCCAGACGAGGGUCUUCUCCUCCAGCCCCACGGUGCAGGUCUUCUUCUACAUCGCUGGACGAGACUGGGAUGACUUCAGGGUACAAGAUAAGCUUCCCUGUGUCCGACUGCAUGCCUUCAGGGAUGUACGGGAAAUCAAAACCUCCUGCAGGAUGAAAGGGAGCCUGGCACAGUGCUUGGCCCAGCUUGACUUGCCCCAGUCCUGGUUCAACACUAACGUGGCUCCCCUGGGCCGGAGGAAGGGCUCUGCAGAGGCCCUACUGGAGGGAGUGAGUGAGACCCUGCAAGCUGAGCUCUACUACACCCUACAUGAGGCCGGGAUAGACGGAGGCUGCAGUGAGGGCCCGGGACACCGCGGGGGCAUGGGGGCCGCACAGCACCCCCUCCUGCGCAUAGGAAGCAUCAGUCUGUACCAGGCGGGCCAGGAGCAGCAGCUGGUGGACAAGCAGCUGGAUAAGAACAUGUUCCUGAGGCUGCCUGAUAAACCUCUGAGGCCUGGAGAGAUGCUGAGGAUCUACCUGUACCUCAUGCCCAACUCCUCUGUGGACCACUUCACUCUCAGGGUGAAGGCAAAGAAAGGAGUGAACCUGCUCCAGACCAGGUCCCUGAGCGCCCAGUGGAAGGUGGACUGGGAAGUGCAGUCUGGAGCCAAGCACUCAAUCAGCACCAUCCAGGUCACCCGCAGCAGAGGGUCCAAGCAGGGGGACAUACAGGGGAGCCUGGAGCUGAUGCAGCUGGACUUUGAGAUGGAGAACUUCACCAGCCUGUCAGUGACCCGCAGGAUCAACUGGAACGUGGACUACCGAGGCCAGAGCCCAACCCCUGAAUCCGACAAAGUGGUGACGGAGCUGACAGUGGUGCAAAAGGACAUCCAGGCUAUCAUCCCCAUCGCCAUGGACACAGAGAUCAUUAAUACGGCCAUCCUGACUGGCCGCACUGUGGCUAUCCCAGUCAAAAUGGUGUCCAUCGAGAUGAACGGAGGAGUCAACGACGUCUCUGCAUUUGUCCAGUGCAAGUCCACCAAUGAGGACAUUGUCAAGGUAUCCAUGAACUGUGAUUACGUCUUUGUGAACGGGAAGGAGACACGCGGCUCCAUGAAUGCCAGAGUCAUCUUCAGCUACGAGCACCUCAGCGCGCCCCUGGAGCUCACCGUGUGGGUGCCUAAACUCCCCCUGCUGGUGGAGCUCAGCGACUACAACCUGAGUUUCAUCAAGGGCUGGAGGGUUCCUAUCCUGCCUGACCGCCGGAGUGCGCGGGACAGUGAGGGAGAGGACGACGAUGAAGAGCGGCGCAUCACUCGCGGCUGUACUCUGCAGUUCCAGCGCGCUCAGGUCAAAGUACUCACGCAGUUCCACACCACCUCCACCGAGGGCACGGACCAGGUGAUCACCAUGCUGGGGCCCGACUGGCAGCUGGACGUCACAGAGCUGGUGCAGGACUCACUGAAGGUGGAGGACGCGCGGGUGGCUGAGCUGCUGGACCGCACUGUGCUGGUGGGACUGGAGCUUGGGAUCACCACUAUCAAGGUGGAGUCUCCUCUGGCUGUAGACGCGGUCCUGGGGGAGGCAACUUUCUCCGUCACCGAUGAUAAAGUGUCCAUCACGGAGCUCCGGGUACAUGCUGUGUCUGGGCUUAGCAUGUCUGUCCAGCCCAGCCCCGGAAACAGCCACACCAUGGUGGCCAAGGCAGCGGGGGUGCAGACCCUCUCCACGCCCAAACAGGAGGCCUCUCUGUCCAUCUGGAUGCUCUUCAGUGACCACACAGCUGCCACGCUCACAUACUUUGACCCUAAAGACUACACCCUGAAUGGCUCGUCCCUGGAUGAGAAAGUAGUGUCGGUGGUGCAGGAGCCCGGGCAGCGCUGGCCCGUGGUGGCUGCAGAGGGGGAGGGGUCGGGCGAGCUGGUCAGAGUCGAGAUGACCAUCUGUGAGGCCUGCCAGAAGACCAAACGCAAGAGUGUCAUCGCGUCUGCAAGUGUCUACGUUAAGGUGCGCUUUGGUCCUGAGGAGGACUCUGAGGAGGAGACCACUACAGAGGGGGAGAUGGAAAUGGUUCCUUUCACUCGCAGACCAGCUCUGGACCCCAGUAUUAGCGGCAGGGUUUACGAGACUUCCAACGAGCAACCAGCAAGUGUCCCCAUCGAUUAUACUAAUUUCCCAACAAUUAGCAACCAGGAGCGGCCAACCGACAGUGACUUAGAGGAGGACGAGUUUAUCCAUUCGCCACGGAACAUGACUGAUCUGGAGAUCGGCAUGUACGCUCUGCUGGGGGUCUUCUGCCUGGCCAUCCUGGUCUUUCUCAUCAACUGCAUCGUGUUUGUGCUCAAAUACCGCCACAAAAGAAUACCCCCUGAGGGCCAAGCCAAUAUGGACCACUCUCACCACUGGGUGUUUCUGGGCAACGGACAGCCCCUCCGAGCCCAGUGCCAGAUGUCUCCACAGCAGGCCGACAGCCCCGGAAACCCCCUGGAGAGUGUCCAGACCUGCUGCCACAGCGACCACCACAGCAGUGGCAGCUCUCAGACCAGUGUGCAGAGCCAGGCACAUGGGCGGGGUGAUGGCAGCUCAGGCGGCUCCACUAAAGAUGCCGGGGAAGACGCCAGUUCUCCCACCUCCAAACGCAAGAGGGUCAAGUUCACCACCUUCACCACGCUGCCCACAGAGGAGCUGCCCUACAAUGCCAUCCCCAUGGCCGACGAGCAGGAUAUCCAGUGGGUCUGCCAAGACAUGGGCUUCCAGGACCCAGAGGAACUGCACGACUACAUGCGCAGAAUAAAGGAGAUCGCCUGAGGACACCUUUUAUUCUCUUUUACACCUCAGUGAAAGACUGUUGUACACAGACUCGACCUUGGACUGGGUCAUACACUACAGUGCUCAAGUAUAGGCAGGUGUGAAGGAUGUCUGUAAAGCAAGAGCGUUUCCAAAUCUGAACAUAUGUGCCCCAAAUAUAAUGAAAUAACCCAAGUGAAGGCAUUUUAAUGCUUUCCUCAGUCAUUUAGCUGCUGAUGCCCAGCAGUGGAGUUUGCCAAGAAUGCUCCCACUAUGGAAUUUAAUCAGAUGUUUUAUUUUGUGAAAUAAUAAUAAUGAAAAAACAUUCCAUCUUGAAGACUCUUGCUUAUAGCGUUACAUUAAACCUGCCUAACUUGUUUGCAGCGUGUGGUCGCUUGCACAGUGCUGUCACCUCCACUCUCACUCUUCUCCAGACUGUUGACAUUUGGCCAAAGAGCAGAGGAGAGCUCCGUGAGACCAGGCCUGAAACAGGACUGAGCCAGGACUGAGUCAGGACUGAACCAGGACUGAGCCAGGACUGAGCCAGAGACCUUCUAGGACGCCCUCCAGCAGACACUAGAGGGAGACGUGCUUCAAAGUCUUUAGUUUGGGCCAAAAUAAGACACAUUUCUUGGAGCAGCACAGUGCCAUGUCUACUCUGCUAGUCUCACAGCACCUGCCCCACUGUUCCUCUACUACUGUAAUGCCUUAUAAGGGUCCACACUGACUUUACAUGAAGCUACUGUUUUCACUGUGGCAUAUUUUGUGACAGAGACAGUGUUCUAUGGAGAUACUAAAGUGACACUGCCCUCUGACAUUUGUGUGUUGGCUACACUGGAAAUGUUGCCAGUUCUUUAAUUUUUUCUGCUAGUAGAUUGACAGCUAAUCCCAACACAACUGGUUUUACAUUUCAAUAGUUUGGGCACUACAUGUAGCAUUGAUGAAGAUAAAGGGAUAACACAAUCACCAGGGUAAUAGGGCAGUUAUUUAUUUUAUUUAAUUAAGCUAGUCUUUAAUUUCUAUAAACCACAGAAUCAUUUGUCCACACAUAAUACAGUUAUCACUACGAAGCAGGACUGCUGUACACACUGCAGGAUACUUGAGUUACUGUAGAGGUUGUUUUAAAUAUCACCUGAGUAUGUUAUACAUCUGAAU